ACUUGCUAUUGCUCUUUACCAAGCGGUACAAUCAAAUUGGUACGCUUGAGGAUCUACCCCCUUUACGUUUCAUCAACACCCCAGUUUCCAGGGAGAUGAGGCGGACAAGUGUUCAUCACGUGACCAGGUCAUCGUGGAGAACGACCACUGGACUCGUCGGGCUGAGUCUUCAGGAGUCAGAUCCACGUGGCCCUUGAUACACAUCUAAGUUCCAACAAACCCCCGGAACGUUCUGCCCCUGUAAUCACUGAUUGUCUGAUCUUGCUGAACAUUGCCCGAUCAGGCCUCAUUCCUAAUUUGCCCCUCCGCCACUCUUUUCAGUCCCUCAUUCAAAUGUACUAACAAUCAACAGGACAACUAACGCACCAUCAUACCUCGAAAGCAUUCUUCGACCCAACAAAAUGCCCAGCCAAACCAGGAAACCCCAUUUUCGGACGAUACAGAAGUUCAAGGCAGACUAUUCUCCCGCCUCAUUCUCUCAAUAUGUGUCCGAACGGACCGGCAUGCAUGUUGUAGUGGUCGAUCAGAAAGGUCCCAAGGUGCAAGGAUACUUCGCCCUAGCAACUGAGAUCUUUGACGACUCGGGUUCCCCACAUACACUUGAGCAUCUGGUUUUCAUGGGAUCAAAGAGCUAUCAGUACAAGGGCCUUCUGGACAAACUUUCCUCAAGAGCGUACUCGAAUACCAACGCCUGGACUGCGACCGAUCAUACCGCAUAUACGUUAGACACGGCUGGCUGGGAAGGAUUUGCCCAAAUCCUACCAGUAUACCUCGAGCAUGUCAUUCUACCAACCCUCACAGACGAAGGCUGUUAUACAGAAGUCCACCACAUCGACGGCGAAGGUAAUGAUGCAGGUGUCGUUUACUCGGAGAUGCAAGGUGUUCAAAACAACGGUGGUGAAAUCAUGGACCUGAGAGCUCGAAGGCUUUUAUACCCCAAGAACGUUGGCUUCCGUUAUGAGACGGGUGGGUUGAUGGAAAAUCUAAGAGUCUUGACUGCGGAGCGAAUUCGAGCUUUCCACAAAGAGAUGUAUCAACCGAAGAACCUGUGCCUUGUUCUUGUGGGAGAGGUAGACGAGGACGAUCUACUUCGGAUCUUAGAUGUGUUUGAAGAUGGCAUUCUGGAUGAUAUCCCAAAGCCAGAUGCUCCGUUCAGGAGGCCCUGGAUAGAAUCGGCUCAGCCCUCUGCUAUCAAAGAAACCAUUGUCGAAUCCGUCCCAUUUCCCGAAGAAGAUGAGUCCAUGGGUGAUAUCCUCAUCGCAAUGUUCGGGCCAGACUGCAACGAUCCUCUGCAAGUCGCGGCUCUCAAUACUCUACUCACAUAUCUUGCCGGUUCAUCCGUCUCAGUCUUGGAAAAUAUUAUGGUCGAGAAGGAGGAGCUCGCCAGUUCCAUCGGAUACUGGUGGGAUUCUCGCCCGAACACUGUGAUUUGGUUUCAACCGUCUGGUGUUGCCACCGAGAAGCUUGCUUUCGUCGAGCAACGGUUAUUCGACAUUUUGAAAGAUGUCGCCUCAAAGCCUCUGGACAUGAAUUACAUGCUGGAUUGUGUUCGAAGGGAGCGAAGACAGUUGAAAUUUAACGCUGAGAGCUCUGGAAGCUUUUACGCCAAUGGAGUGAUCAAUGAUUUUCUCUUUGGCAAACGAGAUGGAUCUACACUCAAGGAUUUUGGCACAAUCAGCGAAUACGAGAAGCUCGAGAAAUGGACUGACGCACAAUGGAGAGAGUUCCUCAAGCGGUGGAUCUCAGACGCUCCCCACAUCUCACUGUUGGGGACUCCAUCUAAGGAGUUGGCAGAAAAGACUAAAGCUAGCGAGGAAAAGCGUCUUGCCGCUAGACGGGAAGAACUGGGUCCUGCAGGUCUCGCAAAACUUGCAGAAAAGCUAAAAGCUGCGAUUGCAAAGAAUGACAUCGAGAUUCCAGACUCGAUCUUGCGAAAGUGGCCAGUCCCUGGGGUUGACUCCAUUCAUUUCAUCGAAUCAACAAGUGCUCGAUCCGGACUGGCCAAGAAGCUAGGCACGCCCUCCAACAGAGUACAAAAGGUCAUUAAUAGAUCGAGUGCGGAUCUGCCCCUCUUCCUACAGUUCGAGCAUGUUCCAACAAAUUUCGUUCACAUAACAGUUCUCUUGGGUACGUCUGAGGUCAAGACGGAGCACCGGCCGUUACUACCCCUCUUCAUGGACAACUUCUUCAACACUCCAAUCAUGCAGAAUGGACAGAAGAUUGAGUUCGAAGAAGUUGUGACUCGUCUCGAGCAGGACACGGUCAGUUACUGUAUGACCGGAGGUGGGCGCGCGAUGAACGAUCCCGAAGGGAUUGCCAUCCAGUUCCAAGUUGAGCCAGAGAAGUACGCUGCAGUAGUCGAAUGGAUCCGCACCAUGAUGUUCGAUAGCAUCUUCGACGAGGCUAGACUCAACGCUGGCUUGGCCAAGAUUCUAGCAGAUAUCCCCGAAGCAAAACGCAACGGCAAUAGCAUGAUGUACGCUGUCGACGCAAUGAUCCAUCUCGAGAGAGACUCCAGCGUUAAAGCUCGAUGUACCUUAGUGAAGGCGAUCUACAUGAAGCGCCUCAAGAAGCUUCUCGCCAAAGAACCAGAGACGGUUCUCUCUUGGCUUGAAACUCUUCGAAAGUCACUCUUCACCUUCAAUAAUCUAAGAGCCCUGGUCAUCGCGAAUGUUGAAAAGCUGCCUGACCCAGUCGAAGCAUGGAAGCCAUUGAUCGCUGGGAUGCAUACAAAAUCGCCCCUUCUUCCCCUCGUCAAGAUGUCUCAACGCCUAUCUCCCGACGGUCACAAUCCAGGUACAUACGGCGCAGUAAUUGUUCCCAUGCCAACAAUCGACUCCUCCUUCCUCCUGUCAUCAGCCAGGGGACCCACCUCGCCAACAGACCCCAUUCUACCCUCUCUCAUGGUAGCAAUCUCUUUCCUCGAAGCAGUCGAAGGACCGCUCUGGGUCGCUGUUCGGGGCAAGGGCUUAGCGUAUGGCUCAGGCUUCAAGCGUGACCCUGAUGGAGGAUUUGUUCAGUUUAGUGUGUAUCGCUCUCCUGACGCCUAUCGUGCUUUCGUAGCGGCAAAGGCGGUUGUGGAGAGCUAUAUCAAUGAAGAGGCGAAGUUCGAGCAACAUGCUCUCGAGGGAGCUAUUUCGGGAAUCGUGGUCGGAUUCGCGGACGAACAAAGUACAAUGUCCACAGCAGGUCAAUACCACUUCGUCAACGGCGUCGUCAAGGGCGUAGACGACGAUUACAAUUCCCAAAUCUUAAAAGCUGUGCGCGACGUCACGGUAGACGAAAUCAAGAAGGUCAUGAAAAACGUGCUCAUGCCAGCCUUUACACCAGGUGUAAGCAACGUGGUCGUCACGUGCGCGCCGAUUAUGGAGGAGGGUCAAUUAAAAGGCUUUACAUCCUCCGGCUUCAAAACACAAGUCCAGCCCCUCUCUGCCUUCCAUGAAAGCUAUGGCUUGGAAGGCGAUGAGGAUGAGGAUCACGACGAUGAAGACGAUGACGAGGAUGUGGAGAUGGAUGAUGGGGAGAGUACGGAGCAUUCGGAGGAGGAGGUGUGAUGGGUGGGUAGUGGCGGAGGAUGGCAAAAAAUGCACUUGAUGAUAGAAUUGAUGUUUAGAAAGAAUAGAUCCAAGAAGGUACCAUCUCGAGAUAUACAGUUCUACUUCCAACCUCGUUUAGAAAAAUUUCAAGGUGUACAGCCAAG